CCAACUCCACUUGCCAGCCAGCCUGAAUCUUCUCCUUCAGUUUUCACACGCAAAGUCCACACACAAAAAGAAAAAAAAAAAAAACUCACAGAGAACAUAAAAAUGGCACUGUCAAUCUUUCUCCAGGUCAACCCGAGUCCCUUGCCUCCUUCCCAAUUCAAUAAAUCCACCAUCCGACUCAAGAAAAUACUAACUCUCAACUCAAAUCCCGGAUUACCUAAAAUGUUACCCCAAGAAAAGCAAACACAAACGCCCAACGCAGUCUCAAUGCAAGGAGCUCUAUCAGGGGCGAUGAACUUGAUCCAAUCAGCACCUCCCACUUGGCAAUCUGCUCUUGUCAACAACGUCUUGAUAUUCAUUUUGGGUUCCCCAAUUCUUCUCUCUGGUCUUUCUCUCUCAGGAAUCUGCGCUGCUUUUCUUUUGGGGACUCUCACUUGGCGCGCUUUUGGUCCCUCUGGUUUCCUACUCGUGGCCUGUUACUUCGUUAUAGGUACUGCAGCUACAAAAGUGAAAAUGGCACAAAAGGAAGCCCAAGGAGUGGCUGAGAAGAGGAAGGGAAGAAGGGGACCAGGCAGUGUGAUUGGCUCCAGUGCUGCUGGCUGUGUUUGUGCUUUUCUCUCCAUAUAUGGAGUUGGAGGAGAAGCAUUUUCUCGGCUUUGGGAACUUGGUUUUGUUGCUAGUUUCUGUACUAAGCUAAGUGAUACCGUCUCAAGUGAGAUAGGAAAGGCAUAUGGCAAAAUUACGUACCUUGUUACAACAUUUAAGAUAGUUCCAAGGGGAACAGAAGGGGCUGUAAGUGUUGAGGGAACAUUAGCUGGGUUGUUGGCGUCAAUUCUUCUUGCCUCGAUUGGUUUUUUCCUGGGUGAGAUACAUAUACCUGAAGCAGUUAUCUGCGUGAUAGCUUCCCAGAUAGCUAAUGUUGGAGAGAGCAUAAUAGGUGCAACAUUUCAAGAGAAGGAAGGAUUUCGAUGGCUUAACAAUGAUGUUGUCAAUGUCCUGAACAUAUCUAUAGGAAGCAUUUUGGCAGUCCUUAUGCAGCAACUACUCCAAAACUUGCAUAAAUAAAAUCCAGGGCCUCAGAUGUGUCAAACAUUCACUCAUCUGCAUUAACAUUAUCAAGCAGGAUAUACAUUUCAUCACUGGAGAAGGAACUAUGAGGGCAUGGCAAGGCAUUCUAACUUGUCUCUGUUCUAGCAGUGGUACCCUCUGCACGGUUAUGCUCAUAAAAUGAUGUGCUGCCAGCAACAGAUUAUGACAGAUAAAUGGAUAUCAUUCCUCUUGUAAAUUGAAGAUUUCAGUUUUUCUCCACUCUACUCGUGACAUCUAAAGGAUCUUCUGUAAGUAAUUUAUUUCUGGAUGACUUACCCUGUACACUUCUAUGGUGCGAGAUACUAAAACUCAACCAUUACGUGUAUCAUUCAUAGUUGCUGACAUGAUAACUUCGGGUCAAACUAGAUGAGGAGAAUCAUCCAAUAAAGUGCAUUUUACAAAUUAA